GGUUAGAUUCUACUGUACGUGUAUCUACAUGCUACCUUGUUUUCUUCGAUUAUAAUUUGAUUAAUAAUCAAGAAAGUAGUUGCCUUUUUGUUUGGUUGCGUCAGUUAUUUAAAUUUUCGUAUGUGACACAUUUCUCCGAAUAGUGAUACUUUCCUAUUUUACAAAAUUAUUUAGCUGUUUUGAUGUCCAAAUUAUAAAUUAAAAGUAGAAAACAUGGCCACUCAAAUACAAAAAGUCUUACAACAAGCAAUAAUUACAUUCAGAAGUGAUCCGCAAACAUUUAUGGGUAAUAUGAACCAACUGUCCGCCUUAAUAGACCAGAUAACCUGUGAAGAUAUAAACCUAGAUAUUUCUUUCGCCAGGAAUGUACCCGAUUGUGAUCAACCUGACGUCGCCCCUAUGACGUACAUCCAUAUAUAUCAAGAUGGUGUCUUAUCGAUGGGAGUUUUCGUAUUAAAAGCGAACAAAAUUUUACCCUUGCAUAAUCACCCUGACAUGUAUGGUUUAAUCAAAGUUCUUUCCGGUAAGAUAAGAGUAGAAAGUUACUCUCUAAACACUCCGAAGACCCGUAAUAUCGAUAGUAAAAACUAUCAUGCCAUGAGCUCUCCCGAUGGUGUGUCACCAAGGAACAUAGUUCCAGCUGAGUUCAUUAGCAGCGAGGUAUGUGACUCUUUUACUAAACCUAGCUUAUUGGAACCCCAUAACAGGAACAUCCAUGAGAUCUAUACCGUAGAAGGACCUGCAGCAUUUCUCCACAUCUUAGCCCCCCCUUAUAACUCUGAAGUUGCUGCUAAUCCCAGUGCAAGGCGAUGCUCUUUCUACACUAUUUUGCAAAAAGUUAUGCCAGAGGUGUUUGUCCUGCAAGAAAUUGAAAGCCCUGCUUGGUAUUGGACCGAUUAUUAUCCUUACACUGGUCCUGAUGUUAUGGCUGGAUUGGAUUUCAAUACUAUGUGAAAUGUGUCGAAUCUUUUUGGUAUUGAAAUUUGUUUUUUUUAUUAGACAUUUGAGGCAUGUUAAUAUGGCUGGAAAAUAAAAGUUUUGGAUUUGAGGGUUUUUAUUUUAGAAUGUAGUAGGUUGGUGGAAUUUUAAUUUAUAUUUAAAAUGAGACCUUGUAAAAAAUGGGUAAGAAUUAUUAAGUGGUUUGAAUUCUUCGAGGGUGCUUGAAAGUACAAAUAAUGGAAAGUAUUAUAUUAUGAAAUUAGUAAAUUAGUUUUUUUACUCAUUGGCCGUCUUCAAAAAAAGAGGAGGUUCUCAAUUAAUCGGAAUAUUUUUUUUAUGUAUGUUCCAGCGAUAAUUUACUACGUUGUCCGAUUUCUAUAAUUCUUUUUUUUUUGUUAGGGUAUACCUUAGGGGGUGUACUUCCGUAUAUAAUUGGUAAGGAUCUGGUGAUCUAUGAGAAAACCAAAAAUCUCAAUUUUUAAGGCCAUCUGCACGAUUUUAAUGUCUGUUGUUAUUUUCUUUUGUACUUUCCGAUCUUUUUACUUUUGACUAAUUAUUGCACUUUCGACCAACUAAUUUUACAUUUUUUAAUUUCGACAAAAUAAAUUUUCGAUCAUCUGGAAUUUCGAUGUUUUUGUAUUUGCAACUUUAUAAUUUCGAUCAAUUCGAUUCAAUCAUAUACCCUUUCUACCUUUUGAAUGAAUUUUUUUCUUUUUUUAUUUCAUAUUCUCAAAGGUUUUGGCCCCAAUUGAACGGUCUUCUUCAGCGG